CCUGUCCGCCCCGCCCCCGCCGCCUCCGGGCUCCGCUAGCCAACGCGCGGCGGGAGCCGUUCCCCGACGGGCAGCGACGCCGCUGCCUGAAGUCCUCCCGGAUCUUGAGGCGUAUGGAACCUCAAGGUCUUUGUGACAAUGGAAACCAAAAAGUUGAUUGGUAAGCCGCUUCAACCAGCAAGACCUGUUCGUCAUCUGACUUCUCCACCAGGACCAGUGUUUCCUUUCAACUUUCAAAAUGAAUAUCCAUGCAACACUCAGUGCUUACAAAGUGGAGUUAGCAGAUGUAAGACGAAUGGAAUGCAAGCCUUUUCUCAAGGUCUUAAUGAACAGCAGCAACAUCAGUCUCCAGUUAAGAAAGAGAGAAUUAAAUACAGCAGAGAUUUUCUGUUGAAGCUCUCAAGUGUUUCCAUCUGCAGGAAAAAACCAGACUUUCUGCCUGAUCAUCCCAUUGUACUUCAAAAACCAGAAAACAACCAAAGUUUUAAGUAGCAUUUUAAGAACAGAUGAAUAUGAAGAUAAAGAAUUAUUCGUUUUAUAUUUUGGACACCUGAAAAUGAAGUGGAUCUAGUAACAAUAACUGUAAUGGACUGUGACAAUUCAAUUUAUUUUUAAUUUUGAUGGUUGGAUAUUUGGCUUCUCCUAAAAUGAAAAAGAGAUAUUUUAAUCUAUAAAGAAUUUUCAAAUCAGUUUCAGCUUUGCAGGACGUUUCCUGCAAAAAUUGGGAAAUAACACUGGAAAGUAGGAAUUUGGUUAGUGAAGUGGGAAGACUGUAUAAUUUGCAUGCUACUUGCAAUUUUUUGUUUUUCAUCACUUGUAAUAAUGAAAUGGAAAUGUAAGCUGUAAAGAUUCUCAAAUAUAAAGUAUUUGCUACGAUGUA